UAUGUUCACUGCAACAUUGAGGAAAGGGUUGAGUUAAGGAGGAAGGAGGGAGGGCGCCAAGACAGAGUAUUGCAGGGCGGUGGGAGGUGGCGGCCGGAGCCUGCGUGCUGGGCAGUUUAGUCCACGUGAUUCCAGAGCUCCGCCUCAUAUAUACUUCCUCCCUCCAUCUGGUAGCUCAGUUUGUGUCCCGCCGCCCGCCAGCCGCCCCUAGCACAGCAGCUGGACGCGACAUCUCGUGUGAUUUGCGUCAAUGAAACAUUCAUGGCUUAGAGGAGCAGCGGCGAGUGACGACGCGUGAGCAGCAGCAGAGACUUAAACAGUGAUUGUGGCAGUCUGCGCGAUGGUGGUGUGUCCGUGCGGCGUGAUGGUGCCCUCACCCGGGGGAGGACGAUCCCGCCGAGGCCCGAGGACGCCCAGCUGCUUUGACACCUCCGAGACAGUCACCUCCCAGCCCAAGGACAUGGAGGAACCCGCCUCCGUGGAGAAGCUGACGGCAGCCAACAACAACGAGCAGACGGCGGGCAUCCCCCGGCCCGCCUCCAGGAACUCCAAGAACAAAGGAGCGGCGAGCAAGGGCGGCGAGGAGGCGAGGCUGGACCACUCCUCGCGGACCACCCUCGCCCUCGCCACCACAGAGUCAGGAAGGUACGUUGGCACCCGCCCCCUCAGGUCCAACCGCUCGCCCACUCCGACCCUGCACAGGAUCCCGCUCAAGAGUGCCGCUGACCAGAAACAGGCGGGCAAUGGGCGGCCCAGCAAGCACCUGCCAGCUGUGCGCACCUCCCCCGCCUCGCCCCAGGACCCACAGGCACCCUCGGCACACCUGCGGGACAUGAACAGAGCAAAGGUGCCCCUGGCAGUACCGAGAAAAAGCUCAUUGACUCAGAGGCUUAAUGAACUGAACGUCACUAACCAGAGAAGGCUACUGAAGCAGGAUCUCUCGCCUCAAAAGAAACAGCUGCGCAGCGCCAGCCCACCGUCACCGCCCCUGGCCCACCACACCUCCCUAUUGUACCAAAACAUUGCCCCCUCCACACCCACCACUACUUCCACGAGCCAAGAGGUUAUAUAUGAAAACCUCAAGCCCUACGCGAGGACCGGAGCCAAGGGGAUACUAGAGGAGGUGUCCGCGCCCACGCUCCCAGCCACCCCGGAGCCUGAGGGCACCACCGUCUGGUUGUCAGAGUCCUGGAAAUACAACACCAUCAAGAAGGCGCCUGACUUCAACAUUUUUGAGAUAUCAGACGCUGAGUCCAGCACGAGCCGCGCCAGUACAAGUCGUGGCAGCUCCCCGUCACCAGGCCGGGGUAGGGCAAGGAACACUGCCUCCCCCGCGGCCUCAGACGCCGUCUCCACCACCAGCGGCGGCAGCUCCUCGUCACCACGACGGGAAAAGAAGACGCUACGUAGUCGCCUGCCCAUGUUCAUACGGGAGAGAAAAGGGAAGGAAAAAGAGGGAGACGCGACCCCCGCGCAAGUAGGACGGCACGCCCCCCGAGGGGACAGGAAGCGUGUCCACCAACCCCAGGGUACCGGGAGUCCUACCCGAGUGCACGAGGCCAAGGCCCCGCGCGCCGGGGAGAAAGGCGGCAGUAAUCCUGCGGAGCACAAAGGCUCAAGAGGCCCAGCGGGGAUUCCAAGGGACGUGCCCACACACAAAGCCGCCUGUCAAUCAGAUGGCGAGGACAGCGCGUCUAGAGCGUCAAGGAGGCUCUCCAAGGCUUUGUCCCGCAACACCGUCAGCGAUUCCUCGGAUAACGAGGAGCGAUCAGUGAGGCGCGGCAGCCCACUGGGCCCUAGGCAGCCGCCUGGAGUGCCUGCCGCUCACCCCAGCGAGGGCCUGAGCGGGGAACUAGAUGCUGCUGGCAAAUUGAUGAGAAAGGCACCGAGCAGCACCCAUAGUGAGUCCUCUGACUGGGAGCCCGUCAGCCUCAGCACGGGCAGCUCAUGGCAGGACCUGACCCAAGACCUGAUCAGCGACUCCUCGGAUGGCGAGGGCAGCACCUGGCUGAGUCAGUGGGUGCAGGAGGCCCGCACCAGAGCCAGGGCGUCCCUGGGCAGCGAGCAGGGUGUGUGGGCGGGUGUCGGGGCAGGGGCUGGGUGGCCUGGGUGGGAGCGCCGUGCAUCACCGGGCUGUUCCCGCUCGUCACCUUUAAUCUCCCCCGCCGCGUCCUUACGCUCCCUCCAGCCAGGCCGCCCCGACCACGGCGACCCGCCCCCCUCGCCCCGCCUGCCUCUCACGCCCCCGGCCACACUCAGCAGGCUCAGGAAGACGCACGGGUGUCCUGGAGGCGUGGCUGCAGGCCUCAGGAAGCAGGACGUGCCAGGCACCCUCAGCAGGGCUUCCCAAGCACUCAGCGGCGAGGAGAGGGGCGUGCCGAGGCAGCCUGGCCACGCCCACCCUGCCAACCAUAACAAGCACGCCCAACCCGCCACCCAUAACAAUACCACGCCCGCCAGGCCCGCCCACCCCAUUAGCCCCGCCCACUCCAGAGCUGAUCCCAUCAGCCCCGCCCACACGCCCAUCACCACCAAGACUGCCUUCCCCACCACCACCACCACUAUGACAAGCCCCGCCCACAACUCCAACCCACCCACCGCCGCCCACACAUGUCACCCGAAUACCCCCAGCACCGCCACCACUGCCACCACCCACGCCCCCUGUGCCACCAAUCCCGCCCACUCAGAGCGGAGGGGGGCGGGGACAACCGUGGUGGGGGCGGCGCACCACCACCACCACCACCACCCACAGAAGGCCAGCAGGAGCCUCCCCCCACAGACAGGCUAUGCCACGCUGCCCCGCCCCCACCCCCGCGCCACAGCUCCCGCCCAGCCCCUGACAUCCUCCAGGCGGGAUGGCAGCGGCGUCCCUCGCAAGGAUGAGCCCCGCCCCUCACAGGCUCCGGGAGGCGUCACGUGGAGGCCUCUGUCACAGGUCAUCGCCACCACUCAGCCUGCCGCAAGCCAGGCAGCCCCCUGUCCCCGUGUCCCCUCCCCCGUAUUGCCGCCCUGCCCCUCGACCUGCUGCAGGACUCCCAACCGCGGCUCCAGCCCCGCCUCCCCGGAGAGUGGCGUAGACCUGGCCUCUGUGUGCAUCCUUUCCCUGGACGUGACGGUGGACUGCAGCCGCGAGGGUGAUGCCGCGGGCACCUUCAUCAUCGGCGGCGCCACCGAAGUCAAGGUAAACAACGGCGACCUUCCGCAGGACAAUACCGAGGCUGCUGGCGGCCCCGGGCAGGCCUCGCUGGGCCGAGGCCGUGAAGACAGCACGGCGGGAGGCUGCCUGACUACAAGCAGCAGCAGUGUGCUCUUCGACGAGAAAUACUACGAGAAGGACGACUUUGAGCCGUGUCGCGAGGGUGGCGGCGAGCAGCGCGCCAUGCCCGAGGACGACCACGACAACCUUGUGGCCCUCCUCAACCUACAAAACAAGGGCGGAGUCGCCAAGAUGGUUGACGUCUCCCAUAACGAGGAGGACGACUUCAUCGAGAUUGACUGCAAUGUGCAGCCGAUGGAGGCGAUGAAGCGGCCUCUGGUGUACGGCUACGGAGGUAGCCGAGGCAGAAGGUUGCUUCAAGGCCCGCCGCCAGCGGAAAAAAGGCUGUCGCGAGCCUCCAUCGCCUCAGACUACCUGGAGAUGGACCUGGUGGAGGCACUGCUAGGCGUGGCAGGGACACCCAAGGACACCCACACCGGGAGUGGUCUUGACCUGAAGGAGACUUAUUGGGACCACUGGGCGGCGCGGCGCGAGGCGAUGGCAAGUGACCUGCAACACAAAGGGAAGCUGCAAGGGCACGGCGUCAAGCUGCCUAUGUGUGACUCCUCCAAGUUCUGUUACGACCCCGAGCUACUCCUGGCGCAGGUACGGUGUCCCAAGUCCCUUGAGGACGCCACCUUCAAGCAGUACUCCGCCUGCGUCAAGUCACACAUCUACGACCACAUCGAGGCGGUGCAGGACGGCCUCAAGGAGUACGGCCUGGCGCGCGGCGCGCCUGACUUCAUGUGGAGCCAGCCUGACCUGCCUGGCCUGCGGGAGGAGGGUGUUUGGCCUCUAGACUACUCUAGCGAGCCCGAGCUGUGCACGGCAGGCCAGCCCCGCUCUCAGGCCCCGCGCCCACCCCACGUCAGGGACAGGAACUCCUCCGUGGACUCCGGCACGUGGUCCUACCAGCAAGGGUCUCAGGACUCCACCGCGGCGCCCUCACCCCGCUCCUGCAUCCCGCCCGUGCCCUUCCCGAGGUCUUCCUCGUCCCUGAGUCACGUGGCGGCGGUGACGGGCUGUGACCCCUGGCUCCACCUGCUGCCGGACGUGACACCUCCCAGGACACCACGGCACAGUUUCUUUGGCCCCGCCGUUGCCCCAUCAACAGUCAACCCGCGCCCCGCCUCCCCCAGUCCCUCGCGGUGCGCAGGGACCCCUGCCUCCUCCGACACCCGCCCGUCCCGCCAACCCGCACCUCUAGCCCCUGCCCCUGCUGCCCCUGCCGCCUCUGCCUCACGCCCGCCUCAGGCUCCCAGACGCUCCUUCCUGCCCGGCCUGUCCAGCGUCAUGAAGUCACCGCUGAGGAGGCAGAACAAAGACAAGAACACCGAGGCCACAGGAGGAGGAGGAGGAAGAAGAGGAGGAGGAAUGGCCGCGCCUCCUUCAGCGCCUCAUGUUUCGAUACAGAACCGCAGGCUGACAAACAUCUCCGAGAAGUCUUCCUCGUCCUCCAAGUCUUCCUCCUCGUCCUCGUCGUCCUCGUCAAGUUCCAGCGUGGCGACGGUGAUUCAGGCCAUACCGAACCCGCGAAGCCGAGGCGCCAAGUGGCUCAUGAAGCACUUCGGCAGCAAAACCAAACUGGCGGCGGUGUGAGCGGCGCGAGAGUUCAGGAUACGGUUCGAAACUUCAAUACCUGGAGAUUCGAAUCGGUAUCAUUGGUUCGAAAGGUUAGUGAAGUACCUAUCUGCUGAUUUUUAACGCAUUUCAUGGACUCCGAACUGAAUCUUAACUAACGUACGACUUAGUAUUCUCAAAGAAUUCGAGGCAAGCAGGAAUGAAGUACGCGUUAGAAGCAUGAGGGUAAUGCAUCCACAGCUCAAAGGGAUCGUGAAGCAAGUGUCGUAAAGAUAAGUCAAUUGUGUUGUGAAAGUGAACUGUUAGAAUUCAAAGAAAAAAAAAAGUAAAAGAAUAAGAUAAGUAUUCAAAAUGUGUUCAGUGGUAUUUAGAAAGACGUAAUACGAUAACAUUGCAUUCUGUAGACCCAAAGACACUCAAUCGGUGCCUAAGAAAUGAAAGAAAGUGACUGCUAC